AUGAAACACUGCGAACCCGAGGGGAAGAAGCACAAGAGAAAGAAGAAGGCGAAGAGGUGGAAGCCCUCGCAGUUUUCCGCAGAAGAGGGGAGUCGCGAACCUGGAAGUGGCUUAGAGCGUCACACGGCCCAGUCACGGCAUGGGGAGAAACAGAAAGAUAAAUCGAACUGCUCGGGAGACAUCGCCCGGGAGAGACACAAAAGACGCGGCACUGGCGAGGAGCGACACAGUGGUUCCUGGCGGCUUCCGCUGCCCCGAAUUUCUUUCCGUCGACGAGAACUCGACUCGAUUCACACCGUUAUUCACUACGAUAAGUUCGCACUACCUUUGGCCGCAGGAGUUAUCUUCCAUUCGAUCGCGCGUGCAUUUGUUGGCGUCGACUGCUCCCCAUCUCUCGUCGCCUUCGCUGCCUUUCCCGUCCACGCGAUCGCCGGCUUCGCCGCUGCUUCCUUGUUCGUCCGGACUUCCUUCUCGUCCUCCGGCCUGCCGCUUGCCCCCCGCGUGUACCUGCGUGUCCCUUGCUCGCGCGCAGCGACCGCAGAGGCGCCCGUCGACAGCGGGAUCUCUUCAAGCCGUUUGGAUCCCAGACCGUGGAAGGGUAACUUCAGGAGAGGGACAGGGGAGAAAGAAUUUGCCAAGGUGUUCGAAGACGCGAACGCAGGAGUGACAUCGGCCGCAGGUGCUGCAGCGCUGCGGGCGAGGCUCCUGCAGCUGGCGUCGUUGGUGUGGGGUUACUCAGGAAGACUCGCAGCUGCUGUGUGCCUGCCUGGUAUCAGGCGCAUACCUCCAGGCUGCAGCUGUAUACUCUCUUUCCGAUUUCAGCACCAACUCCUCCGGGGGACGAGCCCCGAGAAGGCUCUACCUGACGGCCGAAGGCGAGAGGCAGGCACAGGGCCAGGUGGUCGAUACAGCAGGAAAGACGACAGCGGAAGUGGCCCUGCACUCCACAACCAGAAGAGGACGACAGGAUUCAGUGGAAGCCGGUAG